AUUUAGGUUUCUAAAUUUUUUUUGCUAGAUGCAAAAAAUGAUUUUUAUUUCAAAGAAAGUUAAAACAAUGAUUUUGUUUCUAUAAAAUGCAUUUGCCUUAUAAAAAUAAAUAACAAAGCAUUUUCUUGAAUCAUGGAUUUUUAAUUCAAAGAUCAGAGUUUCCAGAAAAGGUGGGGACCAAGGGCCAAGGGCGACAAGACAGGGGAGGGGGCCAGCAUCUACAACACUACGUAUAGCUUACGGUGACCGCCUUAAACGGGAACAUCAAAAAGCUUCAGGCUUUUACCCAUAACACCAAUCACCAAACCAACAAAAAAAAAAAAAAAAAGAAAGAAAAGUCCUUUCUUUUCUCACCGACUAAGGCUCAAGAAGCAAAACCAAGAAACGUGUAAUAUUGGAAAAUGGAAGAUAUUAUCGUUAGAAGGGUCAUCCCCUCAGACAACAGCUGCCUAUUCAACGCCGUUGGGUAUGUUAUGGACCAUGACAAGAGCAAGGCUCCGGAGUUGAGACAGGUUAUAGCUGCAACAGUGGCAAGUGAUCCGAUAAAAUAUUCUGAGGCAUUUCUUGGAAAGCCAAAUGCAGAGUAUUGUUCAUGGAUUCUUGACUCAGAAAAGUGGGGAGGUGCCAUUGAGCUUUCAAUAUUAGCAGAUUAUUAUGGACGAGAAAUUGCAGCAUAUGAUAUUCAGACAUCUCGUUGUGAUUUGUAUGGUCAGGAAAGGAACUAUUUUGAAAGAGUCAUGCUGAUCUAUGAUGGUCUCCACUAUGAUGCUUUGGCGAUGUCUCCGUUUGAGGGUGCUCCUGAGGAGUUUGAUCAGACUAUAUUUUCUGUACGGAUGGAUAGAACAAUUGGGCGAGUUGAAGGCCUUGCACUGAAUCUCGUUAGAGAUCAACAAAGGAAGAGGAGAUACACUGACACUGCCAACUUCACUUUGCGAUGUGCCGUGUGCCAAAUUGGGUUGGUCGGCCAGAAGGAGGCUGUGGAGCAUGCUCAAGCAACAGGCCAUGUGAACUUUCAAGAAUAUAGAUGAUAGAAAAAGAUUGUAGGUCUAUUCCCUCUUGACAUUGUUUUCUUUUGGAAAUGGGACGAUUUGCUUAGUAAACGGAUUAAACAUGAAUGUAGAAGUUAUAUUUCCAGACAUUACCAACCAAUCAUUCUUUGAAUAGCAAAUAUCGCAGCUCGAUAAAGAUGGAGGUAAGUUUAUUAGAAAACUUGUCACCAUGUCCUGGAGGAGCAAACGCCAUCUUUCUCGAAGAAAAUAAGCCAAGGGGAUAGUGAAGGGAUUGUCUUCUUCCAAUCAUCAGGAAGGGUGUCUUACAUAAGACAUAACGAUUUUAGAACUAUGCCAUCAGGUUUUAGCAUAUAAAUCACCAUUGCUGGCAAUGGUACGAAGUGGGUUAUAUCUCAACACGAUCAUCAUGACAUAAGUUAUUCAAUGGCGG